AGGAGGGACAGAAGCUAAAGGAGACAGCAGCUUUUUCUUUCCCGCCUCUCUCCCUCUUUUAACACACAUAUACAGAAAUCUCUUUUCCAUGGCCUCCGUCAGGGUGUUGCCAUAGAAACUGUAGUGACAAAGGCAAGGAAGUCUCCUGGGCCUGUGUGUGGAAGGACUGGAGGGAGAGAGAAGGAGGAGUCUGAGCCACAAGUUUGAGCGGAACUCCAAACUGCUGGAAAAGUUGCUUGUGAAGCGGGGUGGUGUUGGGAGAGAUGCUGGGAAGCCCAGCGCAGCGGAAUCCAUGGCAGUAGGAAGGCUGGGACUGCUAUGGCGGUGGAGGCAGCUGCGGCAGCUGCACAAAGGCUAGGCCUGUCAGAGAUCUGAAUGGCAGUGACUGGCGGCCAGGGAGGACCGCCCGACUGACCCCGCGGGCUGUGGGCAUCGUCUCCCACAUCUCCAAGGAUGCUCUGCUUGCUACUCGUCCUGCUCGCCAGCCUCUCUUGUUGCUCCAGCUCUGAAGUCAACCCUGCGAUAUGCCGAUACCCUCUGGGGAUGCACGAAGGGACCAUCCGAGAUGAGGACAUCACUGCUUCCAGCCAGUGGUAUGACUCCACGGGGCCUCAGUAUGCACGGUUGCUGAGAGAAGAGGGUGAUGGGGCAUGGUGUCCAGCCGGUCUCCUGCAACCUGAAGAUGUGCAGUUUCUCCAGAUAGACCUACAUAAACUCUUCUUCAUCACACUGGUGGGGACGCAAGGUCGGCAUGCCCGGGCAACUGGGAAAGAGUUUGCCCGUGCCUACCGGAUCGACUAUAGCCGCAACGGGGAGCGAUGGCUCUCUUGGAAAGAUCGUCAGAACAAGCAGGUGAUUCAAGGCAACACUGACACAUAUGACGUUGUCCUGAAAGACCUUCGCCCGCCUGUCAUUGCCCGCUACAUCCGAGUGAUCCCAGUGACUGAGCAGCCCAUGACUGUCUGCAUGCGGGUGGAACUCUAUGGUUGUGUUUGGUCUGAUGGUUUGGAAUCCUAUAGUGUGCCAGAGGGGGAGAUGAUUGCAGCUCCCGGCCACCCGAUCGUUUACCUCAACGACUCAACCUAUGAUGGUUAUCAGGAGCGCAGGCUCCUGCAUGGUGGGUUGGGCCAGCUGACAGAUGGCGUCCUGGGCUUGGACGAUUUCACCAAGAGCCACCAGUACCGCGUGUGGCCAGGCUACGACUACGUUGGCUGGAAGAAUGACAGCUUCAGCAGUGGUGCUGUUGAGAUGGAGUUCCAGUUCGAUCGGCAAAGGAACUUCACAUCCAUGAAGGUCCAUUGCAACAACAUGUUUUCCAAGGGAGUGAAGAUCUUUGAGAGGGUGGAGUGCUUCUUCAAGCCACGGCUGAUUGCUGAGUGGGAGCCAGACCCAGUGGGCGUGGACACCGUCUUGGACGACAAGAACCCCAGCGCACGAUUUGUGACCGUCCCCCUCAGUCAGCGUGUGGGGAAAGCCAUACUCUGCCACUUCUACUUUGCUGACACCUGGAUGAUGAUCAGCGAAAUUUCCUUCCAAUCAGCAGAUAUGGAUGCCAGUGACCCCAUUAUGGUCACUCUGGCCUCAAGCACAACCUCAGAGAUACUCCCGUCGGAGGAACUCAACGCAACAGAAGGGACUUGGUGGACCACCUCGCCACCUGCUGCAACGAGUCCCUGGGUGGCUCCGAAGGCAGAGGACUCCAACACCUCCAGUCUGGUCAGCUGCCUUGUGGCCAUUAUCCUGCUGCUGCUUUUCGUCAUUGUUGCUAUCCUGUGGAGGCAGCACGUCCAGAUGCGGCUGGAGACGGCUCCUCGGCGGAUCCUGGAAGAAGAUGCCACCGUUCGGCUGUCCUUUUACAGCUCCAGAAUUGUCAAUGGCCAGACACAGAUCCACCAGACUAACCCCACCUAUGAGAGGGUCUUCCCACUGGACCUGGAAUAUCACCAGCCCAUCACUCUCCUUCAGAAACUGCCUGAGCUCUCCCAAAGCGCUGAGGACUCAGCAUGUAGCGGUGACUAUGCCGAGCCAGACAUCACCAAGUGCACCCCUCACCAGGGAUUCCAGAACAACGUCCCCCACUACGCAGAGACGGACAUUGUUAGCCUGCAGGGCGUCACAGGAAACAACACAUAUGCUGUGCCAGCCAUCACAGUGGACUCGUUGACCAAGAAGGACAUCACGGUGGCUGAGUUCCCAAGGCAGCAGCUGCGGCUCAAGGAAAAGCUGGGAGAAGGGCAGUUUGGGGAGGUCCACCUGUGCGAAGCUGAUGGUCUGCUGGAAUUCUUGGGUCGUGCUUCCUCAGAAGCCUCCAGCCAGGCAGUUCUGGUAGCUGUAAAGAUGCUGAGAGCCAAUGUCACCAAGACAGCCAGGAACGAUUUCCUGAAGGAGAUCAAGAUCAUGUCCCGGCUGAAGGACCCAAACAUCAUCCGCCUGCUGGGUGUGUGCGUGAGGGACGAUCCGCUGUGCAUGAUCACUGAGUACAUGGAGAACGGGGAUCUCCACCAGUUCCUGCUGCAACGCCAGAGCAGAAGCACCUUCACACUCUCCAACAACAUUCCCUGUGUUAGUUGCCUCCACCUCCUGCUCAUGGCUACCCAAAUUGCCUCUGGCAUGAAGUACUUGGCCUCCCUGAACUUUGUGCACCGGGACUUGGCCACACGCAACUGCUUGGUUGGGAACAAUUACACCAUUAAGAUUGCUGAUUUUGGCAUGAGCAGGAACCUGUACAGUGGCGACUACUACCGGAUCCAGGGCCGGGCUGUGCUGCCAAUCCGCUGGAUGGCCUGGGAAAGCAUCCUGCUGGGCAAGUUCACCACGGCCAGCGACGUCUGGGCUUUUGGUGUGACGUUAUGGGAGAUGUUCACACUGUGCAAGGAGCAGCCUUACAGCUGGCUAUCUGAUGAGCAGGUCAUUGAGAACACGGGGGAGUUCUUCCGAGACCAAGGCCGGCAGGUCUAUCUGACUCAGCCGCCCCUGUGCCCCAAUCCUCUGUUCUCCUUGAUGAUGAAAUGCUGGAGCCGUGACAUCAAAGAUCGCCCAGCAUUCGAGGCCAUCCACCUGUUUCUGGUGGAGCAAAUGGACGGUAGCAUUUGACCUGCAAAAAGCACCUGAGGGACACAGUCGAGAUACCCACCUGCCUCUUCUUGGCCUAAAACAUUCUAGCAUUUUGGUUGUGCCCCCUUGCCACAUUGUUAGAAACCAGGUGGAUUUCAACAGACAACUGAGGCAACAGCUGGGGUGGUUAUCUCUUGGGAUUCCUUUGGAACUGGGUGUGACGUGCCCUUUCUACUGCGUAUUGUACCACAGAGUUUGCAUGGGCGUUUGCCAUGACCAAAGAAAUACGGCUGCACUUGAGGGGGCUUCACUGCCUUAGUCAAAAUCCACUUCCUGGGACCUCUGCUCCAAGGAGGCAGCCAUGGCAGCUGCUGCCUCCCUCAGCCGUGGCCAAGAGACUCUCUGGGCUGAGGAAACAUCUUCUCAUGGGCCUUCCUUCCUGGAGAGGGUAUUUGUAUCAGCCCAUUCUCCUCUUCUCCUCACAAAAGUGGCAAAAAACACUCUCUUUGAAGACUAUAAGAAGAGUCCUGUUGGUUGGCCAGGCCAGGUGGCCCAUUAAUCCAGUAUCCUCACAACGGCCAACCAGAUGCCCCAGUGGGAAGCGUGGUGGAAGCGGGACCUGAGCACAACAGCGCUUUCCACACUCGUGAUUCCCAGCAACUGCUAUAUUCAAAACACAGUUGGGGUUUAUUCCACCUGUCAAGAAAGCUCAGUUCUUCAGGGGUGUGUUCACUCUUCCUGGAAGCCAUGUUGGUGUGUUGUUCUCCCUGAAGGAAUCCUACAAGGAACAGGAGGGCAGCCAUUUGUGACCAGAACAAUAGCAAAGAGUUGCACAGCUUCAUUUUCAGGGGUUUGAGGGAGGUUGUUGUGACUGCAUAUUCGCAGGGAGGGUGUACGUGUGUGAAUUCUUACACACUGGAUUUUUUAAAUUGUUUUAAAAAGGAGCAAAAGAAUGUUAAUGGUCAAAGGAAGGUCACUGAGGGCUCUUUGGUAAAUAGAGGUCUUUUUUGUGGUGGAAGAUCUUUUAGGGGGAAAUAGUGGACACUGUUACUACUGUCAUGAUGAUGCUGAUGCCUUGUGUGCUAAUGAACAUGUUGCCAAAACGGACUGACAUAGAUAUCUGGUCGCAUCCACACCAUACAACUGAAGCACAUUUAAAUCACUUGACUUCCUUUGAAUGAAUCCUGGGAAUUGUAGUUUAGCCCUUACAGGGCUGCCAUUCCUUGACCAAUUGCAGUUCCCAGGAUUAUUUGGGGGGAAGUCAUGUGCUUUAAAUGUGUUUUAAAUGUAUGCUGUAAAUGAAACCUCCCUCUGUCUCCAGAUACCACUUUAUUAAGGCACCAAAAGGGAAUUAAAAGUGAAACCUGGGGCUUAAUCAUGGGGG